CAACAACAAAAAUCGAAUCCCACAAAAUAAGGGUUUAAGCAAAAACCCUUAGAGCUCAUAUGCCCAAAUGCCCAUUCCCAAUCCGAAUCACCCACUUCCUCAACCAAAGUCGAAUCCUUUCGACCAACCCAAUUAAAUUCACCACUUCUACUUCACUUUCCCCAAACCAAUCCAUGGAAUCCGAACCGGAGGAACCUCCAAUCUCGGAGAAGAUGUUCAAAUCCGCUCCCAAGAUGGGCUCUUUCAAGCUCGGCGACUCAACACUCUCCACAACGAUCGAAACCCACGCCACUCAAUUCCAUUUCGCCGCGGUAGAGAAUCUCUUAACUCGAAUUAGACUAGAGAACAGAACGGUUAGAGAGCACACCUUCAUAGUCAUAUUCAAAUCUUACGGGAAAGCACAUUUACCUGAGAAAGCUGUAGACUUGUUUCAUAGAAUGGUCACAGAGUUUCAAUGCAAACGUACGGUUAAGUCCUUUAACUCUGUCCUCAACGUGAUUAUCAACGAAGGUCUUUACCACCGUGGAUUAGAGUUUCAUGAUUAUGUUGUGAGUUCCAACAUGAACAUUUGUCCUAAUGGGUUGAGUUUUAAUCUGGUUGUUAAGGCUUUAUGUAAGUUGGGGCUUGUGGACAGAGCUGUUGAGGUCUUUAGGGCGAUGCCUGAGAGGAAGUGUUUGCCUGAUGUGUAUACUUAUUGUACUUUGAUGGAUGGGUUGUGUAAGGAGGAAAGGAUUGAUGAAGCGGUUUUGUUGCUUGAUGAGAUGCAGAGUGAAGGAAUCUCACCGAGUUCUGUUACUUAUAAUGUGUUGAUUGAUGGGUUGUGUAAGAGAGGGGAUUUGAGUAGAGUGACGAAGCUUGUGGAUAACAUGUUUCUCAAGGGGUGUGUUCCUAAUGAGGUGACUUACAACACGCUUAUUCAUGGGCUGUGUCUCAAGGGGAAGUUGGAUAAAGCUGUUAGUCUCUUGGAGAGGAUGGUGUCAAGCAAAUGUAUUCCGAAUGAUGUCACGUAUAGUACGCUUAUCAACGGGUUGGUUAAGCAGAGACGAGCGGUGGAUGCGGUUAGGUUGCUGGUUUCUAUGGAGGAAAGAGGGUAUUGUUUGAAUCAGCAUGUUUAUUCGGUUCUUAUAAGCGGUUUGUUUAAAGAGGGGAGAGGUGAGGAGGGUAUGAGAUUGUGGAAGAAGAUGGGAGAGAAAGGUUGUAAACCCAAUAUUGUUGUGUACAGUGCUCUUGUUGAUGGUUUAUGCCGCGAAGGGAAGCCAGAGGAAGCUAAAGAGAUACUUAACGGAAUGAUAAGUAAUGGCUGCUUGCCUAAUGCGUAUACGUAUAGUUCUUUGAUGAGAGGGUUCUUCAAAGCAGGUCUAAGUGAAGAAGCGAUGAAACUGUGGGGAGAGAUGGAUAAAACGGGAUGCUCUCGAAACGAGGUUUGUUAUAGUGUUCUAAUUGAUGGUCUUUGUGGAGUUGGGAAGGUAGAUGAGGCUAUGAUGGUUUGGUCAAAGAUGUUAACUACAGGGAUCAAGCCUGAUACGGUAGCUUAUAGUUCGAUGAUUAAAGGUCUUUGUGGGAUUGGCUCUAUAGAUGCCGCGUUAAGACUUUACCAUGAGAUGUUAUGCCAAGAGGAACCCAAGUCGCAACCUGAUGUUGUUACUUAUAAUAUACUUCUCGAUGGUUUAUGUGUGCAUAAGGAUGUUUCUAGAGCAGUUGAUCUGUUGAACUGUAUGUUAGAUAGAGGUUGUGAUCCGGAUGUUAUUACCUGUAACAUAUUUUUGAAGAGUUUGAGAGAGAAGUCAGAUUCUUGUGAAGAAGGGAGGGGGUUUCUAGAAGGGCUUGUUGUGAGGUUGUUAAAGCGGCAGAGAGUAUCAGGAGCUUGUAAGAUUGUGGAAGUAAUGCUGAGUAAGUAUAUGGCACCAAAAGUUUCAACUUGGGGGAUGAUUGUUCCGGAGAUUUGUAAACCGAAGAAGAUCAAUGCCACCAUUGAUAAAUGCUGGAGGAACCUGUGUACUUAAAAUAGCACUGAGGAUUUUUGUUGCAGAUCGCAUCCUCCUCAAAAGGACUCCAUGCUUGGGAAUGUUUUAGCUUCUGGUGUUGUGGAAUACCAGAGAUGCUCUGAAAAACAGUUGUGUGAAGUAUGUUUGGUCCCUCCAUGGUUUAAAUUUCGAGCUCCUGUGGAUAGAGAAGAAGUCUGUGAAGAUGAUCAGGAUACUCCAUAAGCGAAGAACAUGUUUUGGCCCCUUUAUGAAUAAACCUUUCGUUAGUCAGCUGCUUUUUUGUAUCAACACUUGUAGUGGCUUUGUUGAGAUCAGAGUUAGGUUAUCUGCAUAGAGCAUUCUUUGCCUAUAUAGAAACAAGACAUUAGUAUUUAAGCUAAC